AUGGACGAUUCGACUCAAAAAUCGAAAUAUAAGCCGGUAACGGUAGAAAAACCAAUUCCUUUACAAUAUGAUCUUGCAAUAUUAGCCGGUUUUGAUACAAAUGCCUUGGAUGAAUCUCGAUUAAAAAAUGACGCGGAUACCUACCUCGAAGAAUAUACAAGAGAUGGCACUCAACUCAUAAUCAAUCAAAUAUUUAAAUUACCUGUAACAUCUUCGGAUCUUGGUGUAAUGGCUGAAUUACCCGACCUUGUUACCGUUUUACCGCGGGAGAAACCUUUACCAAAACCUAAACCUCUAACAAGAUGGGAGAAAUUCGCAAAGAUUAAGGGUGUACAACAUCGUAAAAAGAGUAAAAUGAUACAUGAUGAGGCUACUGGUGAAUGGGUUCCUCGAUGGGGAUAUAAGGGUACUAAUGAUGAUGGGGCAAAUGAUUGGUUGAUUCCCGUCCCCGAUAAUGCCGAUCCAUUUGAAGAUCAAUUCACCAAAAAACGUGAAGUCAAAAAAGAACGCAUUACAAAGAAUGAAGCACGCCAUAGAAGGAAUGUUGAAGAAGCAGAGAUUGCAUUAAAUCAAUCAAAGGGUGUAAAUGAUGUUAAUACACGUUCACUACGGAGAACUGAAUUACAAAAACAAAUUAUCAUAUCUAAAACAGCUACAGCUAGCAUGGGAAAGUUUGAUAAACAUUUGGAAGGGGAACCAAAAUUGAAAGGUGUAAAGAGAAAGUUUGAACCAAUUAUUGGAGAUGUGAAGAAAGAAAAAGAAUCAAGUUUAAAUAUAUUAAAUAAAGUUGUUGGUAAAAAAGGUGAUAUAGUUAAUGUGAGAAAGGCUAUUGCUAAAAGAGAUCAAAAAUAA